CACUGUUCCAAUGUUGUGAAGAGGACGCUUCUCACGGUAGUGCACUUUUUCUCGAUAUUUUAGCAUAUCUAGGACUGGUGGAAGAAGGCUUGGGCCCAAUCCCAGUUAGUCCCCCUAAACCCUGACCCCUCACUGACUUAAUUGGGGUCACCAGUUUGCCAUGGCGGAGGGUGAAGAUUUCUCUCUUUGUGGAAAAGCAGCUGUAACUGAGGCUAAUCUGAGGGAUGAGUACUAUUGGAAGCUUGUUGCAGACUUCAUUGGCCCUCAGUCAGGGGAAGGAUUAGAGCUUGAUAAGGCACCAUGCCAAAACAGACUAUUGAUUCAAGUUGGACUUCUGAGAGAGGACAAUAACUUCUCAUGGGCUGCCAUCAUGGCGUGGCUGAAGAAAAUCUUCCCGAGUCAUCAGUCGGCUGACUUUCGUCGUUUGAUUGAAACAGGCAUUGCAACAACAUUGAGUCUUGGUAGUGAUGCAAGGCUUUCCUUCCUGGAAUCAGAGGUGAACUUUAACUUUGUUGGUCCAAUAUGUGACAGCAUUGGAGUUGAACGAGAACAUCUUUUGAAAAUGAGGGAUUUUUCAGAGCGAGCAAAGUCAAUUGAAGUCACAAAUGGAUUGAUUCUCGAGUUGAGCAACUUUGUCUCCAGGGAGAAAAUUGCCCCAGUCAUUUUAGUUACAUGGCUUAGAAACUUCAACUGUGAAUUUUGUAAGGAUGGGGAUAUUCAGAAGGCAUAUAAAGUCCUAAGGACUAAGAUAAAAAAGUUAAAAGUCCUUUUCCGCAGCUAUGAAACAAGAAGGCACAGGAGGAAGGCAGCGAUGGAAAGUCUACUCCAAAGUACAUUUGAACUGGUGCCGAAAAAAAAACCUGAUGCACGGAAAUUUGUUGUGAAGAAACGCAUGAAAAAAGACGACUUUGCAAAUAUUGAAAAAGUGACAAUCAAGGAAGAAUAUGAGAGCUAUGAAAUAUCACAGAGUAAGGAGUCAGAGAGGAACAGAGCAGUUGCAAGGAAAGAAAUACUGAAUGAACAUUCCUCUGUGCAUGAUGCUAGGGAUGAGGACUUGGAUGGAUCCAACAGUGGAGAAGAAACCUCAGACAACAAAGGAGAACCCCUGACCUUGCUUGACAUUGCAAUGCUGUCUGUCCAAAAGCUGUUAAGUGUGUACUGCGGGAAAACCACAGCUUGCAAGCAAGUUUCCUUGGAUCUCUUAAAAAAUCAGUACACCCUAACAUGCAAGGAGAACCCAACCAUGGCAGAGUUUGAGAAAAAACUCGAAUCACUCUCUAAAGACAUUUCAUUUGCCUCUCCUGUGGUGUUUUUACACUACAAUGCCAAUUUCCUUGUUGAUGUGCAUGAUGCCAUUGAGCGGCAGAUUAUGGUCUUUGAGAAGGAGAUCACUGAGUCAACAGGAGAAAAACUAGGCCGUGAUAGGCUUCCAAAAUUUGUUAACUUUAAGAAUUUGACAGAAAGUGCAACUUCACGCUACAUUCACAUGGCUUGUGACAUCUUGAGCCCUCACACCCCUGAUAAGCAAAACUACAGGAAACACUGGGUGGCUUUCUGUGACGAAAAGAACAACCCCUCCAAACUUGCAAUGAAUCAGUCAAACCGAUUCAACAACUACUUUGAAGCUGCAGCUGGUCUUAUUCACCAUCACAAAGAGGUCGCUCUCUUCUUCUCUGAUUUGCUGUCACUUAACAACGAUGAAUGCCCAAACAUUAUUCUGGAGAGUGUUGCUGCCGAUGCUAGUGAUUCUGUGAUUCAGAGCCUUGUGUGUGUUCUGGCUAUUGUUUACUGCAAAUUCCUUGGUCCUUACUGGCAGCUUCUGAAAAGUGGAGGAGAGUACUCGCACUACAGCCAGUACAUGCUCUGUCUCUACCAAAAGUUCAUUGAUUGGUCCAAAGAUCCAUCAACACUGCUGGAGCCUGAAGAGACCACAAAUGUUUUCCUGCAGUUCCCAUUGCAGGAGAAAGCCUUUAAUGGGAUUUUUCAUUACUGUGGUCAGUGGCACACAAAUAGAGACCUAAUCAGAGCUUGCCUGAAGAGGACCAUCAAGGUGAUUGCUGCCGUCACAGAGGAGCACCUGAAGGAUUUCCUACCAGGAGGAACAUUUUACCAAGUCCCCUCUCCAGAUUUGAAAAUGCAAUUAACAAGUUGCACAUUCUCUGUCUUGAUGGCAAAAUAUCCCUUCGGCCACGAGUAUCCUUACAAGAAGAAAAGACCUGACAAGUCUUCCAAGCGCUCCUCACAGAGGCACUUGUCGUCAGAAUCGGACAGCUCUCAGGACGAUAAUGGCGGGUCUGGCUCAUCUGAUGACAGCUCCGAUGACUCGUCCGAUUGGCGAGCUAAAAAUAAUUCCCAUCUUGACCAAAACGGCGGUAAAAAGGAAAAGACAGGAAGGGGAUAUUGGAGACGUGACCUGGAACAAGAAGAGCAUGAGCAGAACAUGGAUAAGGAUUACAUAGUAGCUACUGUGGAGAGAAAUGGUGGGCCAUGCAAAUCACAGCAGGAUGUCGACAAAAUGAUGCUGCGUUUUGAUGGAAAAUCCCGAGCUGAGAAACGGGAAGCGGUUCGCUGUGAGAUCCUGUACCAGAAGAUGAUUCUCCUCAACACAGACCCACACUUGAAUGGUGUUUUCGUCAACAGCACAGACAUGGUGUUGAAGCUUAAGCUCGCACUUCCUCGUGUUAAACCUGGAUACUCUCUUGUUUUAGCCCCUAGAAAGACAAGAACAAAGCCUGUGUUCCAAAAUAUAACAGAUGCUGAGGUGGUUCAGAGUGAGAGCAGCAGCACAGGAGAACACUGAUUCCAUCUGAAAAGUAUGAUACUGAGCGAUAGAACGUGAUAAAUGCCAGGGGAGGCAAAUCCUAACACGACUAUCUAAUUGGAUUCUGUGUUUACAAUUUUAAAGGACCAGUGUGUUGGAUUUAGUGGCCUCUAGUUGUGAAGUUGCAGAUUGUAACCAACUGAAUACCCGUUACCCUCGCCCUCCCAGGUGUGUAGGGGAACCUAUGGUGGCUGCGUAAAAUGCAAAAGGCCCUCUCUAGAGCCAGUGUUUGGUUUAUCCGUUCUGGGCAACUGUAGGAACAUUGUGGUGCAACACGAAAGAGGACCUGCUCACUAUGUAAAUGUAUGGGCUCAUUCUAAGGUAACGAAAAGACAAGAGUUCUUAUUUUCAGGUGAUUAUACACUAAUUAAAACACUCAUUAUUAUUAUAUUCCAUUUCUGCCAGUGGAUCCCCCUAAAACUUACAUACUGGUCCUUUUAAGUAAAAAUACAUACAAUGACCUCAGCCUUUCCACACAAUUAAAAAUAUAAUGUAUAACUGCUGCCAUAUGUGUUGUACAUACAUGCUGUAUUUUUCAUGCCAUUAACAGAAAAGGUUAUGUUAGAUUUUGUUACUUAUAUUUUUGAUAUGAAAAUACUCCCCAAUUUGCAUGUUAUGAUAUUGUUACUGUUUUUUUAAAGAAAGAUUUCGUUGAUUAAAAAAAAAGUCUACUUAAUUUUUUUUUUAUAGACUUUUUGAUCAUGCUGUCAGCAGUUUGGAACAACUGCUUGCUUGAAAUUAUUAUGAACCACUGAUAAAAAUAAACAUC